UGAUUAAAUUACUUCUUCCAUUUCCACUUCCAACCAAAAACCACCGACUCGGCUGGACUCAUCGACGGUUAUCUCGUGUCCGACCUCUGUUGGCUGCCUCGGAUGCACGGUAAUGAAAAAUACGAAUGGUUGAGAGCGUGCCCAUUCCACUCCCCUUUUGCUGUUUAUCGCCGGAGCUCUGCAUGUUGUGCAGCUCCGGAGGCGGAUUGAUCGGGAGCUCGAUCUGAAGCUUGUUUCGAUGAAUUUCUGUUUGAGUUGAACCCAUUACCCGAGAGCAAGAGUAGGAAGCGGAGUAUUCUAGCUGUCGUCCUGCCCCUUAUGGAGGUGGCUCUGCAAGCUCAUGUGUCGCGAAGUUGGAGGACGACGAGUUUCAGUGAAGCAGGCGCAGGGAGUUUGAAGUUCAAACUCUUUCAUGGAAAUAGAGCGUCGUCUACUACUUCUAGUACACUGUCUCCCUUGUGGUUCAGAGGGCACCUUGUAGCUGGGACGUCGUUCAGAAUUGUUGCCGCUGCACGCCAGUCAGAUUCUUCAAGGAAGAGAUCUAGGAAAUUGUCAACAGCGAGACUUGAAAGCUCUGCGCCCAAGGGAUUCAAACCCAAAGCGCCUGUGGGAGCAAGCACCCCUAAAACAGAUCGAAGUCGAGAUGGAGAGAAAGAAGGCUCUGCAAAGCUAAAAUCUGCUACACAAAAAGAGCCGCCCAUCCAGGCAACACUUAAAUUGAAAGUAGGGGAUGAGGAAGACAUAGCAGGUAAAAUUUCGCUGGAGGAUGAAGAUGUACAAAAAGGUAUUGAGAAUCAUGCAGACAUUAAAAGUUCUUUGACAAGCAAGUCUACUUCUGUUGGUGAAAAUACUGCAGAUAUAGAAAAUGGAAUGGUAGGUAGGUUUAGUGGGAUAGAUAAAAGAUCACGGGAGAAAGAAGUGGAGAAUAGACCGGAUGAAACUGUUUCAGAUGUCUUAGAUAACUAUGCGGAUGAUGAACCCCUCAAGAGAGAAGAAAAGUUAACCGAGGAAGAUUCUUUAAAAUUAAAGUUGGAGAUGGAAGCAAAUGCAAAGAAACAGGAAAUUGAGAGACUGGCCGAGGAAAACUUCUUAGGUGGCAAUCAAGUGUUUGUUUUUCCGCCAGUUGUAAAACCUGAUCAAGAUAUAGAAGUAUUCUUUAAUAGGAGUCUUUCCAUUCUGAAUGACGAGCCAGAUGUUUUGAUUAUGGGAGCAUUCAAUGACUGGAAGUGGAAAUCUUUUACCAUAAGGUUAAACAGAGCUUAUCUAGACGGGGAUUGGUGGUCUUGUCAGAUUCAUGUUCCCAAAGAGGCUUACAAGAUAGACUUUGUCUUCUUUAAUGGGAAAGAUGUAUAUGAAAAUAAUGAUAAAAGAGAUUUCUGCAUAUCUGUGGAAGGGGGAAUGGAUGCGUCUACAUUUGAAGAUUUCUUAUUAGAGGAGAAACGUAAGGAACUAGAAAGGCUUGCUAAAGAGAGGGCUGAAAGGGAGAGACAAGAAGAAGAGCUGAGACGAAAAGAAGCAGAGAAGGUUGCCAGUGAAGCUGACAGAGCACAGGCGAAGGCAGAGACUGAAAGGAGAAGAGAAAUUUUAAAACAGGUUUUGAAAAUGGCAGCAAGGUCUGUUGAUAAUGUUUGGUUCAUUGAACCUAGUGAGUAUCAAGGUGGGGAUUCAGUCAGGUUAUACUACAAUAAAAGAUCAGGUCCGCUGGCUCAUGCCAACGAGCUUUGGAUUCAUGGUGGGCAUAAUAAUUGGACAGAUGGAUUGUCCAUUAUCGAAAGGCUUGUCUUUUCAGAGACAAAGGUCGGUUGUGAUUGGUGGUAUGCUGAUGUAAUUGUACCUGAUCAAGCCAUUGUUCUGGAUUGGGUUCUUGCUGAUGGACUACCCCGAAAUGCCAAUACUUAUGAUAACAACCAUCGCCAUGAUUUCCAUGCAAUUGUUCCAAAAUCCAUUUCUGAGGAGCUUUACUGGGUUGAGGAAGAGCACCGGAUUUAUAGUAAACUUCAGGAAGAGAGGAGAUUAAGGGAGGAGGCUGCCCGUGCCAAGGCUGAAAAAACAGCACGUAUGAAAUCUGAGAUGAGGGAAAGAACCUUGAAAAACUUUUUGUUGUCACAGAAGCACGUAGUGUUUACUGAUCCUGUUGAAGUUCAAGCAGGAAGUCCAGUGACAGUUUUUUACAAUCCUGCCAACGCACCUCUGAAUGGAAAACCUGAAGUUUGGUUCAGAUGUUCAUUUAAUCGUUGGUCCCAUCGUAAAGGUCCAUUGCCACCACAGAAAAUGUUGCCUGCAGAUAGUGGCAGUCACGUGAAAGCCACUGUUAAGGUUCCACUGGAUGCAUAUAUGAUGGAUUUUGUAUUUUCUGAGAGAGAAGAUGGUGGGAUAUUUGACAACAAAAAUGGCAUGGAUUAUCACAUACCUGUGACUGGUGGAAUAACUAAGGAACCACCAUUGCAUAUUGUGCAUAUUGCUGUAGAAAUGGCCCCUAUUGCUAAGGUUGGAGGUCUUGGUGAUGUUGUGACCAGUCUAUCCCGUGCCAUUCAAGAUUUGAGCCACAAUGUGGACAUUAUUCUUCCUAAAUAUGACUCUCUGAACCUUAGCAAUGUGGCAAAUUUUCACCAUCAACAAACUUAUUUUUGGGGUGGAACAGAAAUAAAAGUCUGGUUCGGCAAAGUGGAAGGGCUCUCUGUUUACUUUCUGGAGCCUCAAAAUGGGUUUUUUUGGACAGGUUGUAUAUAUGGUUGUAGAAAUGAUGGAGAGAGGUUUGGUUUCUUUUGUCAUGCUGCUCUUGAAUUCUUACUCCAAGGGGGAUUUCAUCCUGAUAUUAUCCAUUGCCAUGAUUGGUCUAGUGCACCAGUUGCUUGGUUAUUCAAGGAACAAUACAUGCACUAUGGCCUUUCUAAAGCUCGGGUUGUCUUCACGAUUCACAAUUUAGAAUUUGGAGCGCAGCUUAUUGGGAGAGCAAUGUUGUACUCGGACAAGGCUACAACUGUGUCUCCUACAUACUCGAGGGAGGUCGCAGGAAAUCCUGUCAUUGCUCCUCAUCUUCACAAGUUUCGUGGCAUAGUGAAUGGGAUUGACCCUGAUAUAUGGGACCCAUAUAAUGACAAGUUUAUUCCUGUAUCUUACACUUCAGAGAAUGUCAUCGAGGGAAAAAGAGCUGCUAAGGAAGCAUUACAACAGAGACUUGGCCUAAAAAGGUCUGAUCUUCCUUUAAUAGGAAUUAUCACUCGCCUGACUCAUCAGAAGGGAAUCCAUCUCAUCAAGCAUGCCAUCUGGCGAACUAUAGAUCGGGGUGGACAGGUUGUGUUGCUUGGUUCAGCUCCGGAUCCACGCAUUCAAAACGAUUUUGUGAAUUUGGCAAAUGAAUUGCAUUCGACUCAUGGGGACCGUGCUCGCCUUUGUUUGACUUAUGAUGAGCCUCUUUCGCACUUGAUAUAUGCUGGUGCGGAUCUGAUACUGGUCCCUUCGAUUUUUGAGCCAUGUGGUCUAACUCAGCUCACUGCAAUGAGAUAUGGUUCAGUACCUGUUGUUCGAAAAACUGGAGGACUUCACGACACUGUAUUUGACGUUGAUCAUGAUAAAGAAAGAGCACAAGCAGCAGGCCUUGAACCAAAUGGAUUCAAUUUUGAAGGAGCAGAUCCAUCUGGUGUUGACUAUGCUCUUAAUAGGGCAAUCUCUGCAUGGUACAACGAUCGAAGUUGGUUUCAUUCAUUGUGCAAGAGAGUGAUGGAGCAAGAUUGGUCUUGGAACCGACCUGCUCUCGACUAUUUGGAGCUUUAUCAUGCAGCAAGGAAAUGAAAAACAAGAUAAACAAUAGAAAAGCAGAACGAUAUCAAACUCAAUCUCGCUCAACACUCAUCGUCCUGUACAGGUUUAGUUAAUAAUUCUUGCUUUCAUUCCCCCAUUUACAAGGAUCUCUUAGUCACGAACUGGUUGCCCUUGCCCUUAGGCCAAGGAAUACAUGGUAGCAUGAGAUUUAGAGUUCAAUAAAUGAUCCAUCUUUCUGUACAUCGCAAACAUAUUUCAGCUUAGAGAUAAAUGCAGCAUUACCUUUCUAGUGAGCAGCUAUCUGUUCUGAUGUCUCCAAAACUAGAAUCUGAAAAUAAGAUCAAGUGGUUUAUGUA